UUCAGUGUUGAAAAUUCAUGUUCACAAUUUCAAAUUAAGAAUAAUUGGAACCAAUAAUAAUGCUACAAAUGACCUACCUAUAGUUCAAAUGACCUGUAGGUACAAUAAAAUAAAUUUAAAUUUCUAACCUCAAAUUCAAAAUUAAAUUUCAGACAAAGUAUACAUGACUGAGUUUAUUACUAUACAAGUGGGUCAAUGUGGAAAUCAAAUAGGAAGUACAUUUUGGCCCGCGGUACUUGACGAAUAUGGGUUUCAGGCCGGCAAAACAACUAGGAAACGACCCACGAGUACGAAUUUUGAAUCUUCUUUUCAUAGUUUUUUUUCUGUACCGUCCAACAACAAAUGUGGCGAUUUUAACACACUGGCCGACUUAGUAGGAGCUAAUGUUAAAGCAAGAUCCAUUUUAGUUGAUAUGGAAGAUAGUGUCGUUUCCAAAUUUAAAACUGGACCUUUCCGAAGUCUGUUUGAUGAGAAAUGUAUUGUAAGUAAUUAUCCGGGAUCUGGUAAUAACUGGGCAGAAGGUUAUUGUUAUCAUGGGCCGUUGUAUAGAGAGAGAUUACUGAAUGUGAUACAAAAGGCGGUAGAUAAAUGUGACAGCUUGCAAGGGUUUAUAUUGUUAUUCUCUAUGGGCGGAGGUACCGGUUCGGGUUUGGGCACCUACAUCUUGACACUGCUAGCCGAUUACUUCCCUCAUGUUGAAAGGUUUGUCUCAUGUGUGUAUCCUACUGGAACCGAGGAUGUGAUUACAUGCCCCUAUAAUAUGGCACUUGCAACUCGACACUUGAUUGAGAGCGCCACUUGUGUCUUCCCCAUUGAGAAUCGAGCAUUAUUUGACAUUGUAACCCAAACAUUAUACAGGCAAUCAUCAAUAGUCGAGUUUCGUCCCUUUUUUGAUAUGAACAAUUUGGUAACUAACAUGCUUUUGCAUUUAACGAGCGGAUCAAGAUUCUCUGGAAGUAUGAAUGUUGAUAUCAAUGAAAUCAACACAAAUAUGGUACCGUUUCCAAAUCUGCAUUUUCUUUCUUCAAGUUUUAGUCCUUUGACUAGACCUGCUUCAAAGCUCCCACCUCAGAUAACUAGCCAACAAGUAAAAUACGAAAUGUUUCGAAACUCAUGUAGUCGAAGCAACCAGUUGAUUAAAAUCGAUCCCUUGGGAGCAAAUUCGGUCUUAUUAGGGUCCACAUUGAUUGGAAGAGGAGAUUUUAGUCUCUCAGAUAUGAGAAAUUACGUCGAUCAUUUGCAAACAAAAGGAAGGUUUACGCAUUGGUCACGUAAAGCUGUCAAGGUUGGGUUGUGUGAUGUGCCUCCUAUCAGCCAAACGUCUGCCAUUUUAACUUUGUUCAAUACCACAGCAAUGAGAACGCUUUUUUCGUAUAUUUUACAUCUUUACAACAAGUUAUAUCAAAAAAAGGCUCAUGUUCAUCAUUAUACUAAGAUUGCCGGUUUUGAUGUUGGAUUUUUUAGCGAAUGUGAGGAUAGCCUGUUAAAUAACAUAGGAUUAUACACUGAUAUGGAAAAUGCACGGCAACCGAAUUAACUAUACUUUUUAACACAUAUGUACCUAUAUAGCCGCGCUACUUUAUAAUUCUCUUGUAAAUAAAAUAAUUUUAUUUGAAUUACUGAACUACUAUUAAAAUGAUUUUAGAGUA